CUUGCACAGAACGUGUGUUUCGCCGCGUGUGAAAUUUGAGCUGCAGUGAAGUGGGAUUUCUUUUGAAUAUAAAAGUUAAAAUAUAAAACUAAACCAAACCAUUAAUUUUUUACUGAGAUAAAAUAUGGCAAAUCGAAAGCGCUUCAAGUUAUUCGACUUGACAGAUGAUCAGUUAAUGGAAUUAUUUGAGUCAGUCCCGUCAGAUGAGGAGGUCUCAAAUAUUUCUAGUGACGACGAGGACAAUGAUUUAAAUGUGGUGGAAGCUCUAAACGCUGCAUUAGAGGAAGCCGAUUCUGUCUCUUUAUAGUUGGCAAUAAGGAAAAUGUUUUAAAUAGUGCCCAGGAUCCUAAGUCUACUGGAAAGGCUACAAAACGUCCUCGAUCGCCAUUGCCAACUAUAGAAGAUUCGGGAUGCGAAUAUUUACCAAAUUCUGGAGGAUUUAAUGCUGCUGGUCUUGAAUCGAUUACAAAGGAACCCACUAAGAUUCUCUGGAGGGAGCAAUCGAUGCAGUUGCAUGUAAACUGUAUAGCCUUUCGUGGAGAUUCCUCGCUUACAGAAGAAAUUGAGGGGCUGGAAACUCCAUUUGAGAUAUUUUUCUACUUUUUUGAUGGAGAAAUUAUGAAAUUGAUUGUCGAGGACACAAUGCGCGCAGCUUUAACUGAUAACAUUUCAAAUAAUUUCAAAAUUACCAUCGAUGACAUUCAUCAUUACAUCGGCAUUCUAAUUUACAUGUCGAUUUACCGCUAUCCGAAUUUGAGGAGUUAUUGGGGACAAAAUGCGUUCGGACCCAUUCAAAAUUGCAUGACCCGACACAGAUUUGAGACAAUUAAAAAGUACUUAUCGCUGUGUGAUGAGAGCCAGCGCAUUAAAAAGGGUCAACCAGGCUACGAUCCAUUGUUUCGUACGCGAAAACUAGUUGAUUACUUGAAUCAACGGUUCGACUCGGUGCCCAAACAAGCCCGCCUUUGUGUUGAUGAACAAAUGUGCAGCACAAAAAUGAAGCACCACUUGCGCCAAUACAUGCCAAAUAAGCCACACAAGUGGGGUAUCAAACUAUUUGUACUAUGCGAUUCGUUUGGCUACGCAUACCGCUUUGAAGUAUACAGCGGUGCAGGAGAUAAUGUGAUCUUGCCUGGUCACCCAGAUCUUGGUGCUUCGGCUAACAUUGUUGUCCGUCUGACACAAAGCGUUCAAAGUUUUAAAAAUCAUAUUAUUUACUUUGACAAUUUUUAUACCUCACUGCCUCUGAUGGUGUAUCUACGUGCGAAAGGUAUUUACAGUCUUGGCACGAUUCGAGCAAAUCGUAUCCCCAAUUGUAAGUUACCGAACGAAGGGACCAUCAACAAAUUGCCAAGAGGUUCUAUGAUUGAGUACGUAGGUUGCUCAUAUGGAAUUGAACUAACAAAUGUUCUGUGGAAAGACAGCAAAGCCGUUCGUUUCUUGUCAUCAUAUGUGGGUGUUAAACCAUUUGCAAGGAAGGAUCCGCGUCAAGGAACAUCAAAAAUUCCACGGUUCGACAGAAAAUCUAAAAAAUACGUUGAAAUUGAUUGCCCUCAAAUUGUUAAGGAGUAUAAUGCUCACAUGGGCGGCGUAGACCUUAUGGAUGGUUUAAUGGGCCGUUACCAUAUUAGAGCCAAAACUCGGGAUGCCGCAACUCGAAUUUUUUAUCAUUUAAUUGAUAUGGCAGUAACGAACUCUUAUAUAUUAUACAGACGUAUACAAAUGGCGAACGAGGCGAACAAGGAAAAAAUGUUGGAGCUCCCAGAUUUUAGAGAAGCGGUGGCCGCAGGUAUGGUAACAUACAAAUGCAAAAAUUUACCAGGUCGGCCAUCUACAUAUAGAUCGCCGUGCUCUCAGCUAGUGCGAGCUAUAAACUCACCAUCCUCUCGGAUAGAGCAAACAGCACAGUCUCCACUGUCUCACCGAUCACCACAGCUUGGCCUUAAACAAGGAAAAAAAUCAAAGCACCCUAUAUCAAGCUUGCGUUUUGAUCAGGUAAACCAUUUUCCUCAUUGGUUUGAGCGAGAGAGUGGAAAACUUCGUGGCAAAUUAUGCAAAAAAUCACAAACACAAUGCAUUUUCCCUAAAUGCAACUUACAUUUAUGUUGCACAUCUAAUAAAAACUGUUUCUUAGAGUAUCAUACCAAAAAAUAAAAUUUGACAUGGCAAAACAAAAUUGAUUCUUUUUACUCUCAAGUGCCUAAGGGUGCCUUG